GCCUGGUGCCGUGACUGAGUACGGCCGCACCGGCGACGUGGCGGCCCAGUCGGCGGUGUGCGCGGCGCUGCGGAGCCUUGGCGAAGACCCCAAGCUGCGGCCGCUCUUCCCGGCCGCCGCGGAUGCGCUGAUGGAGGCCUGCAGCUCCUCCUGGCUCUUGGCCGCCACGGAGCUCGAGCGCCGGCAGCUGCUGCGCCAGGCCGCCGAGGCCCUGGAGCCCCUGGUGGCUGAGGGGCUCGACGCAGGCUGAGCGGCUCGCGCCACAGCGGCGUGGGACUGGUUGGGGAGGAAAACUGAUUGAUUCCUUAGACACUGCUUAUGAACUUGUGGACGGAACCUACGACUUUCAUGUUUGUUUUUGGAGUCACUGACCGCGGAUGAUUUCAGAUUUGUUUUGCUCUAUUGCUUUGGCUGGAGUGAGUGAGGAUGUGUGGGACGCGGCUGGAUUCCCGGCUGGAUGCAGUCGAGUCAACAGCAGGAGCCGGUUGAACAAUGUCGGGCACGGUGUCUCAAUGUCCCAGUCAUGACUUGCCGCACCCACCAUGACUUGCUGUCUCAGUCAUGCCAUAUAAUCACGAGUAUCGCAAACCUCGCCUGCAAGGGAACUUGCAUUGAGAUAAAUACGCUCGGCAAGUUGAUGUUAUUUGGCAUGUGAAACAUAAUGAGCUUGACUGCUCAUGACUGUCUGGUAUUUUUCGUUUGCUUCCGAUGUCGGAAGGUGUGUUCGCACCCAGAAUGCUGAUCCCACUGCUGCAUGCGGCGCGAGACCUUUCCAAGGAAGGUACUCUGUCUUUGGAUGAUUGCUUGGAACCAGCGUGUCUUUGCUUGCAGCGUCCCAUGGACAUCCAACAGCUUCCGGAGCAUUUUCUCCAGCUCUUCGAUGCAGCGGUGGACCUCACCACGCAACAGGACUUCAGACGACAUGCCUUCAUCUCCGAGAUGCUUGGCCAGCUCUUUGUGAUGCUUGCCCAGGCCACAUGGGCGGCUCGCUGUGCCACCGCCGUUGGAGGAACCUUCCUGCAAAGGCACGACGGCUUGGGAGAUGUGACGUUGCUGCUCCGCUUCGCCCAGAAGCUGGGCACUGGUUCGGCUGGGCACUUGCUGGCACGAGACCUGUGGGCUGCGCUCAGCGCCAUGCUAUGGCCCAUGCUCCAGCUGGAUGGAAUGGCCACUCAGGAGGAGGUGAGCAGCUUCAAGGAGUGUUGUCUGCAACUGGGCCAUUUGGUACCGCAGCUGUUCGAGACACAGCUUUCUGAAGCUGAACUGCAAGGCCCGGAGGUGGUCUUGGAUGAGGACCCUUCGGCCGGUCAGCUCUUGUCAGUGCUUUUGGUUCCAUUCCUGACCGUUGAUGCCAACUCCUUGUCCCUUCUGGUUCCAAGCCACGAGCUUUUCAUGUCCUGCUCUUCCCUCCUGGACACCACCGACGGCGCAUGGCUCCCUCGCGCCGCCGCGCUGGCGGCCGCGGGCGCCGCGGACGACACCGUGCCGGUGGCGGCGGCCCGUGGAGCCAUGCAGAUGGAAGAGGCAGCGCUACGGAAGCUGGCCGAAGGCGAGCUCCCGACUUUACCUCUCAGAUCCGUGGUCUUUCUCACUUGCGCAGUCGCGCGCGCCGCCGCGCGAGCGGUGUCGGUGGCGACUUCGGCGCCCAGCGACGCGGUGGAGUGGCUGGCGCUGGUGGAGCUGGGCGCGGCGCGGCUGCGGCGGGCGGCGGCCAAAAGUAUGGCGGAGGGCGGGGCGCUGGAGGAGUGGCGGCUGCUGAAGUGUUCCUCGAUUCCCAACGGGCACAAAGAGUUGACCACGGCACUGGGAUGGCUCUUAGCCUCGGCUGACGAGGAAGGCACCGAGCCGAUCGAGGCAGACGAGACCAAGGAGGCAGAGGAUAUCCUUCUGGGAGCAGCGAUUCUAGAGUCGGCACAGAAGGGCGAUGUCGGCGUGGAGAAAGGCCAGGGCGUCUUUGUGGCCCAUCCAGGUGAGUGGUGCUGGUUGCGCGACUGCCUGCCCUCACCACGCUGGAUGUCCUCGCGAGUGGAGGUGCUUUUAGGGCAUGCGCUGCAGGUUGAUGAAGAUGUGGCUUGUGGCAUGCUCGCGCUUUUGGCCACGUGUUUCUCUGACUCCAAGACAGCUGCAGCGAUCGCCAACAACCACGCCAUUGCAGGAAUUGCUAUGCGAUGGCAGAGGAGUGAGUCAGGCAACUCCCAGCUUGCAAGAUGCAUCGGACUCUUCAUGCUUCAGCAAGUGGCCGCCGCUCCCAGCUGCGAAGCCUUUCAACAGAGCCCGCUCUUGGCCAUGGUCCUGGAGACUUUGCAAAGCAAUUCCUUUGCCUUGUUGCUGCCGGAGGUCGCGGCGGUGGCCUCCUACCGGGCUUGGGACGUGCCGAAGCUUCGAGGGGUCGCGACAGGGCCACGACUGGGAAAGGAGCUUCGGGAUCGGCUGGAGCGGAGUCUCCGAGAGGACCGGACUGAGCCAACGGACGCGGUGGGGCCCGUGGGGGUAGACCCCACGGACGCGGCUUCUGCGUGGGCUUUGGUGAGCACCAAUUUGCUGCUCACCGGCCAGCCGCUUCUAGCGCUUCCACCACCGCGCGGCUACCAAGACUGGGUUUUUUCGCUGAGCCCCCCUGCGUGCGCGAGCCCAAAGACUGCCUUCAGGCUUUUAGCCUUGGCGGCCUCCUGUUUGCGCGGCGACAAAAACGUGCUGCCGAAGGCUCUGCUGUGCCUUGAGGCAGUGGAGCAGUUGCCAUUGUUUCUGCGCUCCUGUGGGGAUUUGCUCUUCCGGGACUGGAACUUGGAAGGUGCCUGGGCGGCCACGGCCACCAGCGACGCUGCGGCCCUGGUCAUUCUCGGACUCCUGGCCAUGGAGCGCCCCUCGUGGCCCGCGCUGCUCCGCUCCGAGGCCCUGCACAGCGGUGAAGUGGCCAAAAGUUUGCAUGCGGCUGUGGAGCGGCUUCUUCUCGGAGGAGAAAGUGCCGAGGAGCUGUCUCCUUGCAGGUGCUUGAGUGAACCUUGCCUUUUACUUCUCAUCUUCCUGCUGCGGGCGGAGCCAGGUUGGCUGCGAGACUGUGAUUUGUUCAAGAUCCAGCCGCUUUUGGUGCGCCUGGCGCGCUCGACGAGCCGCACGCCCGGCAGUCAACGCUUGCUGCUGCUCCGCCUGGCCGAGGAGCUGCUGUUCUUGGAGUGGUGCUCUGAAUGCCACCGGGUGGUGCUUCGUCAGCUGUUGGCGGAGCGCCACGUAUGGGACCGGGCGACGCAAGAGCUUCGAGAGCUUCGAGAGCGCACGCACACGGAGGUGCCAUCGGACGCUUCCCAAGGGGAUGACGUGGUGAUGUCGGAGGGCUCGGACGAGGACAUGGACCUCAUGUCCCUGCAGCGCCGGGCGGCGGAGCGCCGGCGCGCGGAAGGUAGCCGCUUGCCCAUUUUUGCAUCCAACUUGGAAUGUUUGGGGGCGCUCCAUCGAGCAGCUUCUCAACGGCUUUGUGCCUGCCUGGCGGUGCCAGGACAGAACUGAGAUGACACACAGCUCGCUCCGAGCUUUGCUUUUCAGCCGUUGUUUUCGGUCCAUUUUCUGUGGCUGGAAAUGGGCAAUGCAUGCAGCCUCAGGGAGGUGAAACACCCGAAUUCGUCAGUGGCCGGCCGAGAAUUCGCUCGAGUCAGUCAGUGUUUGGCGGAGGAUGCCUACAAGAAUAGGAGUUCGCGAAGGAGUGACAGGAGCGAGUGA